AAUCAGAGGACACAACCCUACUGGACUGCCUUUCAGUGAGAUGUGAAUGAAUUUGAAGUAGUUGUCUGGGCAGUUGGACAAACUAACACUGAUUUGGAUUUUAAAGCUGCUUGUGGACUUGGCUGGUUUUGGUUUCACUAUGGACGGAAGGAUCUAUCAACCAACCCUUAUCUCAUUGUUCGUAUUGCUCUUCACCCUGUCCAAUAUUGUCUAUGGGGGUAAAAUAUUAAUCUACCCAAUGGAUGGAAGCCACUGGGUCAACAUGAGAGUCAUCAUCGAAGAGUUGCAUUCCAAAGGCCAUGACAUCACAGUGGUGCGAGCGUCAAACAGCUGGUACAUCAAGGAGAAUUCCCCCCACUACACCACCAUUACCAUCCCCAACACUGGUGGCUUCGAUGAAAACUUCUUUGGUGAAUUUAUAUUAAGUAAACAUCUGAAGAUUCAAAGGGAGCAGGGGAAAAGUUUUUGGACCGAACUCAAGCUUCAGUCAUCAAUGAAGGAGACUUUUUUCGAGUUCCACAAGAACAUGGCUGAAAUGAUCACUCGUGUCCUUGAAGACAGAAAGUUGAUCCAGUCUCUCCAGGAUGCUAAGUUUGAUUUGGUUCUGACAGAUCCUGGGAUUGGUGGAGGGACGAUCUUAGCCCGCGUCCUCCACCUUCCUCUGGUUUACAAUGUCAGAUGGACCAUUCAAGGUGAAGCUCAUUUGGUCAUCGCCCCGUCGCCUCUCUCUUACGUCCCAUACACACCCACAGAGUUGACAGACAAGAUGACCUUCCUCCAGAGAGUCACCAACAUCUUAGCUUACAUACUCGGGAGUUACACAUUGGCAUCUAUCACAGAACCCAACUACAAACCGAUAGUCCAGCGUUACUUUGGUCCUGACGUUGAUUACUUCGCAUUCUUCCAGGAAGCAGAUAUCUGGCUCAUGAGAAGCGAUUUUGUCUUUGAAUUUCCGAAACCCACCAUGCCGAAUAUGGUCUACAUUGGUGGGUUCCAGUGUAAGCCCUCCAAGCCUCUUCCACAGGACCUGGAGCAGUUUGUUCAGAGUUCCAGCGAGCAUGGGGUUGUCAUGAUGACUCUGGGGACUUUGGUGGCAGAGCUUCCUGAAGAUAUCGCAGAUGAAAUCGCUGCCGCGUUCGCUCAGCUGCCUCAGAAGGUCAUCUGGAGGUAUACUGGACAGAGACCCUCUACCCUGGGUAACAACACCCUACUGGUGGACUGGCUUCCCCAAAACGAUCUCCUAGGACACCCCAAGACCCGGGCCUUCGUAGCCCAUGGAGGAACCAACGGUGUCCAGGAGGCCAUCUACCAUGGCGUCCCGGUAGUCGGCCUCCCUCUCGCCUUCGACCAGUCCGACAACCUCUCCAAGUUGAAGGAGAGGGGGGCAGCUAACACGGUGGAUAUCGUCACAAUGGACAGAAAUGUGUUCCUGGAGGCUUUGAAGGCUGUGCUGCAUGAACCGUCCUACAGGGAGAACAUGCAGAGGUUGUCCAGACUGCACAGAGACCAACCCAUUAAACCACUGGACAAGGCAGUGUUCUGGAUCGAGUUUGUUAUGAGACAUAAAGGAGCUCGUCACCUGAGGACAGAGUCCUAUAAGAUGUCCUGGAUAGUAUACCACUCGGUUGAUGUGAUAGCGACUUUGCUGGCGUGUGUGUUGCUUGUAACGCUGGUUUGCCUGGCAGUCGUAAGAUGUGUUUGGCGUAAGGUGUUCUGCAGGAACAAAGUGAAAAGUGAAUGAUAAUGUGUUUUGAGAUGUGAAUAUUAAAAUAUUAUCUUAUCAUUGCUCAAUCAGCAAUUUAUCAAUAACAUUUACAUUUGAUCAAUAAAACAUUGUUUUAGGGUAUGUGA